AUGGAUAAGCAGGUCGCGAACGCCAUCUCGUCACUCAAGGGUCUGCCCAUCCGGGCUGUCUUCACAGCCAUAUGGGACAACCCCACGCGACGACUCACCGCAGUGGGGGCCUUACUGGCGACCUAUCUGACGAUGGUGAAGGCACUGCGUUUUCAGCGGGUGCGCAGCCUCAACAAGAAGUAUAAACGGUACUCGACGCGGGAGUCGAUGGCUCACAUGACGGACCACGACGCUUGGGAGAUCCAGAAACGCAUCCUGCAGCUGGAGUUUCCUUUCAGUGCACUGAAAGCGCUACAGUUUGCAUUGUUCCGGACCUACGGAAUACCCACCAUCUCCUCCCUCCUCCUCAAAACAUCCCAAUUCUCCAACCCCGCAACAUCCUUCAAACGCUACGCCGACACGGGUGCUCUGAUCGGCCAGUUCAUGGCCUUCGAGCCGUCUUCCGAUCGCGCGCGCACCUCCAUCGCCCGCACUAAGUUCCUGCACACUGGCUACCGCGCCAGCGGCAAGAUCCUCGAGGAUGACAUGCUGUACACGCUGAGUCUGUUUGCCAUUGAACCCGUGCGUUUUGUGGAGAUGUUCGAGUGGCGGUCCAUGACCGAGUUGGAGCGCUGCGCGAUUGGGACGUACUGGAAGAGUCUGGGGGAUGCGUUGGGAAUCAGCUUCGAGGAGCUGCCGUCCGGAAAGACGGGGUUCCGGGAUGGGUUGCAGUUCCUGGAGGAGAUCACCGUGUGGAGUCAUGCUUAUGAGGAGAGGUGUAUGAAGCCUGAUGAGACAAAUCGGGCGGUCGCUGACAAGACGAUGGAUGUACUUGUGUUUGGGAUGCCGAAGUUUGUGCAACCUAUGGGGGUCAAGUUUGCUUCUUGCAUGAUGGAUGAAAGAUUGCGAAAGGCUAUGCUGUACGACCCACCACCACAAACCUACCGAAUCAUAUUCUCAUCUAUCCUGGCCAUCCGCAAAUUCUACCUCCGGCAUCUGUCCCUCCCCAGGCCUUACUUCCUCCGCCAGGAUGUCUUCAGCGACAAGGCGAAUGAACAGGGCCGACACCACGUGCGCAUAUGGGAAGGCCCGCCCUACUAUGUCAAGCCAACAUUGUGGAAUCGUUGGGGCCCUGGCGCGUGGAUCAGUCGAGCUCUAGGUGUACCGGUUCCCGGGGACGAAGGCGACAAAUACUAUCCCCAAGGUUACGACACCGUAGACCUUGGGCCGAAGUACUUUCAGGGCAAGGGGCGGAAGACGACACAGGAAAUCAAGGAAACGCUUGAGAAAACCCGGAUGGGGCAGUGUCCGUUUGCACAACAACGAGAGCCGUCCUAUAUGAGAGAAACACUCCGCCCUCCGGGCGUGGGUUCGCCCUCGCCCACGCCCAUACCGGAAAAGCGCCGGACCAAUGACCUGGACGCUUGGAUCCUCGGCAGCGGCAUUCCCUCUCUGACCACCGCGGUGCACCUCAUCCAGGAGGCCCAUGUGCCUCCAGAGCGAGUGCACAUCAUUGAGACAGUGGGGGUCGUGGGCGAAGGCACCGUUAUCGCGGAAACUCCAGAUGGAGGGUACGACUUGCGCGCGGGCGCCAUGCCGCUCUUCAACGAUGUGUGUAUGGAACGCUUGCUGUCGUUGGUGCCGUCGCCGACGGAUCCGCUCAAGACCGUGCUCGACACUAUCCACGACUUCAACGAGGCCAAGCCGUUACCCAAACGCACGAAUACACGACUACUGACGCGCCAAUCGUCUGGACUCGCGCGUGUUGAUCCGAGACGAGUGGGUUUGGGCUUGCGCGACCGCAUGGAUCUGUUCGUGUUGGCAUCGAAGACGGAAAAGAACCUGGGGCGAUCGCGCAUCCACGACUAUUUCCAUGGAAGCUUUUUUCACAGUAACUACUGGCUUACACUUGCCACGACAUUCGGCUUCGAGCCCUGGCAUAGCGCUACCGAGUUCCGCCGCUGCCUGCGACGGUUCAUGCCCGACGUGCACGAGCUCAACGAUCGACAGCUGCUUGACCACCUUCCGUACAACCGGCAUCAUGCGAUCAUCGAGCCAAUCGGCCAGUUUCUGAAGUCGCGGGGUGUCGACUUCCGCUUCGGCACAAUCGUCAAUGACAUCAUCUUCGACCCGCCCCAUACCAACAGUCGGGUGGCGGCCAUCCGAGCGACCAAGCAUGGCGGACCGGAGACAACAAUCGAGGUCAGCUCCAACGACAUCGUGAUCGUCGCUGUGGGAUCCACAUUGUCGGGCCGGGCGACCGGGACGAACGACAGCGUGCCAUCGCUCGAUCGAGUAGAGAUGGAAAAGGUCCUGAACGAGAACUGGCUCCUGUGGCUCGAACUAUCAACCAAGAACCCCAUCUUCGGCAACGCAUACAAUUUCUGCACGCGGACGGAGGAGUCCCGCCAAGGGUCGUUUACCAUCACGCUUCGGGGCCCCGGCCGCGACUUCAUCACCCGCUUCGUCGAGCUCACGGGCGACCAACCUGGCAUGGGACCCUUGGUGACCCUCCGCGACAGUAACUGGCUCCUCAGCAUCAACAUGCCCCACCAGCCAGUCAUCCCCAAUCAGCCCGACGACGUCGCCAUCCUCUGGGGAUAUGCGCUACACCCGGAGGAGCAGGGCAACGCGGUGAAGAAGCCGAUGCUCGAUUGCACAGGUCGCGAGGUCAUGACGGAGAUUCUGCACCAGCUGGAGUUCCCGCUCGAGGACAUCCUGGACAACUCGGUCACGACGCCGUGCGUGGUGCCGCGCAUGGUGGCUCCGCUGCUGGCGCGGGGGGUCGAAGACCGGCCGUUUAUCGUCCCCGAGGGCGUGACCAAUAUGGCGCUGAUUGGGCAGUUCGUGGAGAUCCCGAACGAGGCAGUCGUUGGGAUGGAGUACACCGUGCGCGGGGCGCAGAUGGCGGUUCAUCAUUUGAUGGGGGUGGAGGGGGGUAUGCGGAGGUCGAAGCAUACAUCUGCUAUAAACAUGUUGGGGUUGUUAUAG